GAAAUAUUUUUUCGCUAUUCAAAAUGGCACCGUCUUAAUCAGGAAGUGGAGAAAACAACUAAGAAGAAUAAGUUGGAUAAAAUCCCUUAUUUCUGUUACUUUGACGCGAGUCUUCUUUUAAAAUCAGCCGGUGUGCCCGUGGUUUGGAUUGAGAAUAAGAAACAUAUUGACGGUCAUGGAAAGCGUUUGCCCUUGUUAGAAGUACUAUCUCAGACACAGCCAACGUGUGUGCGGCGGUCGGAGGGUGCAUAGCCUAAGUCAGCUGGUGGUCAUGUGUGAAGCUCUGGUCUGAUGCCCACCCUGCCCUCAGCGCUGGCCAUGGACGGGGAGAACUACCUGCAUCCAGAAGGCCCUCAGCUGGACAGCAGCUUGUUCUCUGUGGCCACCUCUAACAUGGAGAGUUCAAUAUAUGCCUCCUCUGGUUCCUGGGGACCCUAUCAGCAGGCUGGAUACAGCAUACACUGCCCUAUGCAAUCUGGAAACCAGCAAUACCACUUGAACAGCAGCACUACCACCACCACUCCGGAUGUGCCCAUGGACAUGUACUCGGGAUUCCCUGACGUGGACUUUGGCCUCAACCUCCCUAGGAAUGGAGACUUCUCUCAGGACCUGUCCUGCAUUGAUGACCUCUCCACAAACUCUCUGUUCUCCUCUCCGGCUGACUCCCUGUCGGAGUAUGCUGAUGCCCAGCCCUUCAUCAGCCCAGACAACCUGAACACAGUGCCCACCCUCUGGGACAUCAACACUAGUACCACCACUGUACCAGCACAGAGCCAGUUAGAGCUGAAUGGCACCAGCAGGUUUCAUGGCUUGGCCAGUUUGGAUGAUAUAACUGCUAUUAUCAGCACCCCACCUUUAGGAGGAUUCCAGCCUCAGAGAACCCAGUCACCCCCAGAGGAGGAAGAGGAUGCUGAGGAAGAGGAGACAGAGGAACUGGGACAUGUAGACACAUAUGCUGAGUACAGACCUUCCAAAUCCACUAUAGGAAUUUCUCAUCCUGACAUAGUGGUGGAGACCAACACGCUAUCCAGUGUCCCUCCUCCUGACAUCACAUACACUUUGUCUAUCCCUGAGGCAACUAUUAACCGUGGCCUACUGUCAGCUCUGCAGCUAGAGGCCAUCAUCUACGCCUGCCAGCAACACGAGGUUAUCCUUCAGAACAACCAGAGGGCAGGCUUCCUGAUCGGAGAUGGAGCAGGGGUCGGAAAGGGACGCACCGUGGCAGGAAUCAUCCUGGAGAACUACCUUAAGGGAAGGAAGAAAUCACUAUGGUUCAGCAUAUCCAAUGACCUGAAAUUUGAUGCAGAGAGGGAUCUCAAAGACAUAGAUGCUCAGAAUAUUCCUGUGCAUGCCUUAAACAAGAUUAAGUAUGGAGACACAGCUACCUCAGAAGGAGUCCUGUUUGCGACUUACUCUGCGCUGAUUGGAGAGAGCCAGGCAGGAGGGCAGCACCGGACGAGAAUUAAACAGAUCAUAGAUUGGUGCAAGCCAGACUUUGACGGAGUUAUUAUUUUUGACGAAUGCCACAAAGCCAAGAACGCCACAUCUACAAAGAUGGGCAAGGCGGUGCUUGACCUGCAAAACAAGCUGCCCCGGGCCAGAGUGGUGUAUGCCAGUGCCACAGGUGCCUCUGAGCCAAAGAACAUGAUCUAUAUGAGCCGCCUGGGGAUCUGGGGUGAGGGCACGCCCUUCAGAGCCUUUGAUGACUUCCUGCACGCCAUCGAGAAGAGAGGUGUCGGUGCCAUGGAGAUUGUUGCCAUGGACAUGAAAGUGAGCGGGAUGUACAUCGCCAGGCAGCUUAGCUUCUCAGGGGUGUCUUUCCGCAUUGAAGAGAUCGCACUGGACAAUGACUUCAAACUGGUCUAUAACAAAGCUGCCAUACUGUGGGCGGAGGCGUUGCAGGUGUUCAUGCGUGCAGCCGAUGAGCUGGGCCUGGUCAGCAGGAAGUCUCUCUGGGGGCAGUUCUGGUCGUCUCACCAGCGCUUCUUCAAAUACCUCUGUAUCGCCGCCAAGGUCCGCUGCCUGGUGGAGCUGGCCCAAAAGAGACCAAGGUGCAUCGUUAUUGGGCUGCAGUCUACUGGAGAGUCCCGAACCAGAGAAGUCCUGGAUGAGAAUGAUGGGCAUCUCGACAGAUUUGUCUCUGCAGCAGAGGGAGUGUUCCAGUCUCUUGUAACAAAACAUUUCCCUUCAGAGAAACAGAGGAGAGAGAAGGCACCAGGGAAUAAGAGAAAACGGAAGCCUAGAGGUCGCCAGCCCAAGGUGCCCAAGCACACCAUGGACAGCGGCGGUGUGAUCAACAUUAGCGACGACAGCAGCAGUGACUCCGAUGGCAUGGACACAGACUCCAACUCCUCACCAGACUCCCUGCUAGACAAUGAUGAUGUCAUCUUUGUUAACCACACUAGCUGCCAGACAGCCCGGAUAGAGGAGAUGAAACAGGGCCUCCUCAAUAAAAUAGCCAUGCUGGGAAAAGAACUACCUCUCAAUACCUUGGACGAGCUCAUCGAUAAGUUUGGAGGACCAGAUAAAGUCUCAGAGAUGACCGGUCGUAAGGGUCGUGUGGUGCGGUGUCUUGAUGGCAGCGUCCGUUAUGAGUCACGUGCUGAGCAGGGUCUUACCAUCGACCACAUCAACAUCAAGGAGAAAGAUCGCUUCAUGGGUGCAGAGAAGUUGGUGGCCAUCAUCUCCGAAGCGGCCAGCUCUGGGAUUUCCCUGCAGGCGGACAAGCGAGUGAAAAACCAGAAGCGCAGGGUCCACAUGACUUUGGAGCUGCCUUGGAGUGCAGACAGGGCCAUUCAGCAAUUUGGUCGCACCCAUCGGUCCAAUCAGGUGACAGCCCCAGAGUACAUCUUCCUCAUCUCAGAGUUGGCUGGGGAGAGACGUUUUGCCUCCAUUGUGGCUAAGAGACUAGAGAGCCUGGGUGCAUUGACGCAUGGAGACAGAAGAGCCACAGAAUCAAGAGACCUGAGCAAGUACAACUUUGAGAACAAGUAUGGUACCAAGGCUCUUGAUAAAAUCACCAAAGCAAUCCUUGGCCACAUAGAGAACAAGGUGCCCCCUCCCAAAGGCUACCCUGGGGGUGAUGCCACUUUCUUCAGAGACAUGAAAAUUGGAAUGAUGGAUGUGGGCAUCUUUUGUCGAGAGUCUCGCUUUGGGAUCAGUACUGAGAAAGACUGCAGCAUCACCAAGUUCUUAAAUCGCAUUUUGGGCCUGGAGGUCCACAAGCAGAACUAUCUCUUCCAGUACUUCACCGACAACUUUGACUAUCUAAUCGAGAAGGAUAAGAAGGAGGGCAAAUAUGACAUGGGAAUCCUAGACCUAGCCCCGGGUAACGAUGAGAUCUAUGAGGAAAAGCAGGAAACUUUCUUGACAGUUGGAAACCCUCAGGAUGGACAGGUUGUUCUCUAUAAGAUCAGCGUGGACAGAGGCAUGCCCUGGGAGGAGGCCUUCAACAGGUCACUGAAGCUCAGCGGCCCUGACGAGGGAUUCUACCUGUCGCUGAAGCUGCGAGGUAACCACCCAUGUGUGCUGCUAGCUGAGCAAGGAAGAGGCAAGAACCUGAUUGUCUACAAGCCUAAUAUUGGCAAGCAGACCCAUCCCGAGAGCCUGGACAACCUGCAGCAGCGUUACCGGAAGUCAACUCCGGAAGAAGCCAGGGACAGCUGGGAGAACCAGUUCACCUUCUCCUUCAAGAAGUGUAGUCAUGCCAACUGGAAUGGGAAGUGUAAGAAAAUAGAAGAAGGUCAGGAGUGUUUGCAGGGCAUGCGCCUCCGCCAGUACCACAUGUUGUGCGGUGCUCUGUUGCGUGUGUGGAAGCGCGUAUCCGAUGUGGUGUCUGACAUCACCAGCUCCAGCAUCCUGCAGAUUGUCCGCCUUAAAACCAAACAGCAUAACAAGCAAGUCGGUAUCAAGAUUCCAGAAAACUGCGUGGCCCGUGUGCGCGACGAGCUGUUGCAAAUGGACGAGGAGGUGAAGCGGAGACGAAAGGAGAGGGAGCAGCAGGCCGCCGAGCUGCGGCUGGUUGAGGAGCGCAAUCGUAAAAUGGAGCAGGAGAACAAACACCUCCUGGCAAAUCUGUUCAACUCGAAGCCCAUGCUCAACCACUCCCUCGUUCGGUCUCUCCCCCAGAAUCAGAUCUCUCCGCAACAGCGACUGCAAGCCCAAACCCAGUCCCCUUUACAGCAGCCCUCCCAGAACUUACCCCUGUCCCUACAGAGAAAUCCCAGCCAAACCCAGCAAAGGACCCACAUCUGGCCCAACAAUUCCACCGCCACCAGCCAGGGCCCUGUCCCCAACACGGUUAGCAUCCGCUCCAACUUCUCACAGUUUUACCCCCAGUCCUUUGUAACCCCUUUUCAGCAGCCGAAGAACCCAUCACGUCCACUCCAUCAGACCACACUGUCUCCCAACUUGUCUUCCAAGAAUCCCCUGGACGAGAUCUUGGACCUGACUGUGAGCUCGCCGUCUCCCUCCCCAGACACCACGGAGGGCGGACUCCAUCUGGACAGUCUAGGGGUGCACACAGCAUUCGGAGAUGACUUUAACCUGGAGUCUCUGAUCUCCCAGACUGCACCGAAUGCCCAGCAGGCCGCACCAGUACAGCAGCCUAUUUUGCUACAGCAGCAGCAGCAGCAGCAACAUCUGCAGGCAACACAGCAGCAGAACCACAGCCUGCUCGCCAAUAACCAAGACUUAUUAGAUUUAUUUGACCUGCCCCUUUCUCCCCAGAUGCCCACACAGAAAGCCAGCCCUUCGCCCUCUACCUCCUCCUGCUCUUCCUCCACGUCCUCCACCUCAAACAACCUGGCUUCGCACGUCUCCGCCGGCCUCCUGCCCGCAUCCACCCUCAUCCCGACAUCGUCCUCCUCUUCCCUCUUCUCCAACCCGUCCUCGUCCUCCUCCUUGUUUUCCAACUCUUCCCCUCACUUCUCCUCCAACUAUCUCCUCCCUCAGUCAGACUCGCUGUCCUUGCCCAACGGCCACUCCGGCACCCUAGACGUUCGCGAGGCUCUGAACAGCAUGCUACAGCGCGGUCUGGACCGGACGUCUGUCAUUAGGUACCGGCAAGAAGACUCGGAGCUUUAACAGCAACAGCUCGUCUGGACUUUGUUUUCCUUCUGGGUCAUUUUGUUUUGUUCUGUCUUUUAAAGCAGAUUGUCUUGUUUGCUGCUGUCUAUGAUCGCACCCACGGACCUACUCCCUCUCCCCUCAGGGCCUAUAGUCACAUCACUGCCUGUCCUGCACUCGGCUCGCCCUUCUCUUUAUCCACCUGUAGCGUUCACCUGCUUGAGGCUGUUUAGGCGAUAGCAGGCUCCCAUCAGUAUCAGAUUUCUGCACCAAAGUGUGUCCUCCACAGUGAAAGGCAGCUGUGAAAACAACAACCGUGAUAACUGUAUUUUAUUGAAUAUACGAGCUGUCAACAAACAACAAAAGCUCAUUCAUCGAGGUUCGGAAAUCUGUAAUAAGCCUCCCCGCUGCUGAUUUUACGAGGUAUGAUUGGUGAAGUUGCUGGAAGCUCUAAAUGCCUUUUCACCAGUUAAAACCACAUCUUUAGACUUUGCUUUACUGCUACUUCGCUUCAUGGCCGUUUUUGUCUUGACUAAAACAAGGCUGUAUGCAAGGCUUGGUUUGAGUGAAACAAAAGAUAGCGUUGAACUGGAAGAUGAGGAAAGAAAACAAAACAAAAACAGAUUAAAUCUUUUAGCUGAUAAGCCAUGAAAUGCCUCAGUUUUCAUUUGUUUUUUCUUCUACAUGCUCCCUCUUGUUUCUCUCCCUGCUUGUAUGAACACUAGUGUGAGGGGAAAAAGGGAGAGGAAGAGCAGUCCGCUGUUGCAAACAGUGCCUUCUGGAGAAAUCUUUAAAUGCAGUCUUUAAAAAUCCAUGUAGCCUAAUGUAUAGAUUUGUACUCUUGGUUAUUCAUUUUAAUUUAAACAUGGUAUAUUUGUAUUUAACUUUUAGCCCCCUCAGUCAGUCAGUCGUUUGUGUUACACUAUGGUGGUGGGUUUCAGGAAGAAGCCUCCGUUAAGCCUGUAUGUGCUCGUAUGAUUGUCUGUGUGGACUUGUCCUUUUUUCUGUGUUCUUCUGUCCCCGUUGAUAUGACAAUGUGCUUUUAUUAUUGAGCAGCAUGGAUAGGAAUUGUGUCCAAAAAUUUGAUCUCCCUAUUUUAUUUUAUUUUUAGUUUAAGCUGACUAUAACAUUUAGUGAUGUGACUCCUGGUUUUGAUCUGAUUUUGAAUUUCUCAGGAACGUCUCGAAUGCUUUGCUGUUGGUGUCGUUUUGACCAACAAACAUAUAUUAAAAAAAAAAAAUUGUUUUCAAGUCUGAGUACAGUGGAUGACAAAGAAUUUCAAGGUUUUAUGGUCUUGAGUCUGAAAAGCUGUUUUUUUUUGUUUUUUUUUCUUUCAACAAAAUCCUCACUUUUUUUUUUUUUUCAGACAAAUUUCUGAUUAAAUGUGUUUCCAUUUCAGGCGCCAAGGCUGUAAAACCAUUUGAAACGUGCAGAUUUGUGAUGUUCACUGUGUAUGAUAGUGCAUAGUUAAAAACCUGUGAGAUCUGGCCAUCUUUGUGUGAAAACGAUGCACUGUAGUUGGUUCGUGACAAAAUGCCGGGGUAAGUUCAAGUGAUCAAAAAGCAAUAAAACCAUAAUUCUACAUUUGUUGUGAAACAGACAUGCCUAAAUACUGUUUACGCUCAACGGGCAAAGCUUUGUGGUUACCUUUGCAUGGUAUGAAUCUCCUUAUUUCUGUUGUGCUUCAUAGUCUUUUAGUCAAACUGAUUCUGAAAUGCUUACAACCUUUUUUGUAUAGUAAGUUUUCACGGGAUGAACGCAAUGCGUUCUUGGUGUUUUAGUCAUCGUUAUUAUAAAAGUUCUUGUUAUUUAUAUUUAAGGGAUAUUUAGAUUUUAGAUAUGUUAUCCUGCUUAUUAGAAUAGUUAACAAAAUGUUUGGUCAGGGAAGUUUCUAGUUUUCAAGAUUACUAUAAAACAAAUUCUAUUAUAACCUGCCACCAAAUAAGAUUGCACUGUUCUGUACUGCUGUACAGCGUCUGGAUUUAUUUCUGCUCAUUUCAGCUUUUGCUUUUCUCAAGCAGAAUUGUUUCUCCAACUCGUAGACCUUUUUUGUCAGGCCUCCAGUUUGCAGAGAGAUACCAAAGUAUUCCACAGACACCCCUCCCACCCCCACCCCGACCCCCACCCCCACCCCUAAAGUUACUGGCUCGAAGAUAGCAGACCUUUUUUUCUCAAUCUCAGGAAGAAACCUACAGGAGGUGUUAACGGCGGGGCGUUUAGCAGAAAUCUACCAUUUCCCCUUACAACAGUGGUGAAACUAUCCAGUACGUGUGCUAUUUUUGUUCUUAACUCUGUGCUGUGACACUUGCUGUAUUUAUGUUUUAGACUUUAUGUAAUGGGUUUGUUGUUUGUCCUUGUGAACAUGUCAAUGAUUCUAAAACGUUUAUGCCUUCUUAGGGCAAAGAGCAAAAGGCGGUUUCUUUUUAAGAAACAUUAUUUUUCUGUGGACCGUUUUUUUUCAUUUUCAUUUUCAUUUGUGUUGGACAUUUAAUUCUUGUUAAAACUGACCGAUCUUUAAGUCGAUUCGCACCUGGAUUAUACUGAUAUGUGCAAUUGAUCUGUCCAAGCCUUCACCUCUCCCCUCAGUGUAACAGAUGUUUAGGUUUAGACUCACAGUAUCUCCAGUUCUUGUAAACACUUUUCUUUCUUUUUUAUUAGCAGACUAUAGCAUUCAUAUAGUCUUUUCUGGUACCCUCGAUAAUUUUGCUUUAAAUAUUCCUCGUCAGGCACAUUCCGAGACAUCAGUCUGCAAUAGACUUGCCUUUGUUUUUUCUUUUAUAGCCACACAAAUAAAGCUUUAUGCAUUUGAGGGAUAUGGACCGCAUUUAAGGAAAAAAAAAAAGAUUUGUAGUAACAGUAUAGUUUUAACGUUUUAUUAUCAUUUUGCACUAAGAAUGGCAUAAUCAAGUUACUGUUCUCUUGUGGGUUAUGAUUGAGCGUUGCAAGCUUUUUCUUUUCUGAUCUUUGAUGGAUAGCUCUGUGUAUACUGUAACCAUCUUUCCUGUUUCUCCACCGUUUGCAUAUUACAUACAUGUUAUCACUCUCAAAAUAAUUUAUUGCUAACAAAAAAAAUGAAACAAAAAACAUGCUACUGAUUGUAUGUAUUUUUAAACAAAGCCUAUUUUUUCUGUAAAAAACAAACAAAAAAAACUGUGUUCAGCACUUUUAUUCUGGGUUGUGCUUUUGUUUUCUAUAUAUUUAUAAUUUAGAUCCAAAUGUAUAUAUUGUAAAAUUUGUGCCUUUCGACUAAUUCUUUUAAAAAAAAAAAAAAAGUUUUCUAC